CCACCACAUCUUCAAUUCUUAGUUCUACCCAAUCCCACACCGGAUAAAAACCCCAAUUCAGCCCCUUGGCCUUUACUCUCCCGUUCAAAUCUCAUCCUCUUCCUCCUCCGGUUCCAUUCGGUGAUCAGAUCAGAAAGAUGAACGGCGACGAUAGGUCGCUCCACGUGGCGGCCUCCGAAGACCCCAAAGCCCCACUUCUCCCCACCAUCCAACGGCAGCAGAGCUUCCGCUCCUGCCUCACCUCCAACAUCCUCACGCGCAACAUCUUCUUCGUCCUCCUGGGCCCGUUGCUGUGCGCUGCGAUCUGCCUGAGCGUGAGGCUGCCCGCGUCGCCGCGCAACAUGCUGGGGGUGCUGGCGUGGGUGUUCGCCUGGUGGAUCACGGAGGCGGUCCCUAUGCCGGUGACCUCCAUGGCCCCUCUCUUCCUCUUCCCGCUCUUCGGCAUCGCCGCCGCGGACGACGUCGCGCGCUCCUACAUGGACGACGUCAUCGCUCUCGUGCUCGGCAGUUUCGUACUGGCUCUCGCCGUCGAGCAUUACAACAUUCACAAGAGAUUGGCUUUAAAUAUAACUCUGCUCUUCUGCGGGGACCCACCGAACCCACCCAUGCUGCUGCUGGGAAUAUGCGCCACGUCAGCGUUCGUGAGCAUGUGGAUGCACAACGUGGCGGCGGCGGUGCUGAUGAUGCCGGUGGCGACGGGCAUCCUGCAGAGGUUCCCGGCGGGGGCAGAGCGAUCGGGGGCGGUGGACGGCUUCUGCAGGGCGGUGAUACUGGGGGUGAUAUACGCGGUGGCGGUGGGAGGGAUGAGCACGCUGACGGGGACAGGUGUCAACCUGAUAUUGGUGGGGAUGUGGAAGAGCUACUUCCCGGAGGCCCAGCACAUCAGCUUCAGCACGUGGUUCAUGUUUGGGUUUCCAUUAGCGCUGUUGAUGUUGGUCGCACUGUGGGGGAUCCUUUGCUUGCUGUACUGCGCCAGGGGCUCAGGCCCAGCCCUCUCCGCCUAUCUCGACAAGGCCCAUCUCAGAAGGGAGCUUCAACUCUUAGGUCCGAUGGCAUUUGCAGAGAAGGCCGUACUAGCUGUGUUCUCGAUGCUGAUAGUGUUGUGGAUGACGAGAAGCAUAACGGAUGAAGUAGCAGGAUGGGGAGCCCUCUUUGAUGGUCGCGUGGGUGAUGGAUCAGUUAGUGUGAUGAUGGCGACCCUAUUGUUCAUAAUCCCAAACAAGAAGCAGGACGGAGAGAAGCUAAUGGAUUGGAACAAAUGCAAGAAACUCCCAUGGAACAUCAUACUCCUACUAGGGGCUGGCCUAGCCAUAGCCGAUGGAGUCCGGUCUAGCGGCCUUGCCGUCAUUUUAUCCCGAGCCCUAGACUUCCUCGAGCAUGUCCCGUACUACGCCACUGCUCCGGCUGUGUGCCUAAUAAGCGCCACCAUUACCGAGCUGAUCACGUCAAACAACGCCACCACAUUGCUCUUAAUACCUCUCCUCGUCCAGAUAGCACAUGCAAUGCACGUGCAUCCGCUAGUUCUAAUGGUCCCCGGAGCCAUUGGGGCGCAGUUCGCGUUCUUGCUUCCCACUGCAACCCCUUCAAACACCGUGGGAUUCACUACUGGGCAUAUAGAGAUUAAGGACAUGAUCAAAACUGGAGGGCUCUUGAAGGUGGUAGGAGUUGUUGCAGUGUCCCUUCUGAUGCCUACACUAGGUAAUAAAGCUUUUUUCGUGAAUCAAACUAAAUUGAUCCUAUAAACUUAGCUUGAGUUGAUUGGGUCUGAUUUUGGUGCUUGCAGGAACCUAUGUCUUUGAGACGACUACGCGAGUUUGAGACGCGCUGUACUCGUGCAUUCACAUAUUCAAUUGCGACACAUUCUUUUUUUGUUCUGUUUAUGGACAAAACUGUGUCUGUAUAUUUGACCAAUUUGUAUAAACAAAUAUUAAGCAAAGUCUAUUUGAGUC